CCCACUCUUGGGUUGGAAGUACACAAAUUGAAGAGUGGCGGGAGCUCUUGUCAUCUGGGCUCUAGUCCUUUGUCAGAAGUGAUCUCUUUGACUUUAUUUGUAUGUUUACUGGCGGACUCAAGGGCACACAUCUGACAGGUUUUGUUGAGUUAUCGGUGCUGUCAUAAAAGAGUAUGGAUUUUAAAAGACGUAAUGGGGGUCUUCCUGGUGGGGGAUCCCAGGCCAAAAAGGGUAAGACAGGCGGGGAAUGGGAAGACAGUCCAUCUCAGUUCGAAGAGGAGCUGUCUAUGUUCGACGAUGCAGAGAUGGACAUGGAAGACAUGGAGGGACAGGCGGGACACGAUGUCAUUCCUGUGGGUGACUUGUUCUCUGCUGACCUGAAUCCUCGCUGGCGACGACCUCCAGCUCCCACUAUAAACCCUGCGACAGACACUUUGGUUUUCCAGCAGAUAGACCUGGACUAUUAUUUAGGCACAGCAGUUGCAGGCAUGCCGGGUCAGACACAGGGAAAAGUGCCCAUCAUCCGGAUGUUUGGUGUGACAGACAGUGGCAAUAGUGUGUGCUGUCAUAUCCAUGGAUUUGCUCCCUACUUCUAUGUGCCUGCUCCACCAGGUUUCAAGUCUGAUUACUUGGGAGAAUUUCAAAGAGAAUUAAACUCUGUGGUGCUAAAAGACAUGCGCUCCAAUAAGGAUAACAUCUCUGUCACUGUGCUGGCUGUAGACAUCACCCGCAAAGAGAGUAUGUAUGGUUAUCACGGGAAACGCAUUCUCGAUUUCCUAAAGAUCACCAUGGCAAUGCCUCGUCUUAUCGCUCCAGCCAAGAGACUCCUGGAGCAGGGCUUUAAGUUUGGGCCUUUUGCCCUUCAGAGUUACCAAUCCUAUGAGGCCAACAUCGAUUUUGAAAUCAGGUUCAUGGUAGAUUGUGACGUUGUGGGCUGCUGUUGGAUUGAACUCCCCAAAAACAAGUUCAGAGUUCGGGAGGAGAAGAGCGCGGGAGGGUCGUCUCAGUACCCGGGCAAGGUUUCCUUGUGUCAAUAUGAAGUGGAUGUGGGCUGGAAUGAUAUGAUAAGUCACCCGGCGGAGGGGGACUGGCAGCGGAUUGCACCACUCAGAGUUCUGAGCUUUGAUAUUGAGUGUGCAGGGAGAAAAGGAAUCUUCCCAGAGGCAGACAAGGAUCCUGUCAUUCAGAUUGCCUCCAUGGUCCAGCGACAGGGCGAGACAGAGCCAUUCAUCCGCACAGUGUUCACCCUGCAGUCCUGUGCCAGCAUCGUGGGCUCCCAAAUCCUCUGUUUUACACAAGAAAAACAGCUACUCCAGAGUUGGGCCGAGUUUUUGCGGACAGUGGAUCCAGACAUCAUAACUGGAUACAAUAUUCAGAACUUUGACUUUCCAUAUUUGCUGAAUAGGGCUGCUGCUUUGAAGGUCAACCUGUUCCCUUACCUGGGCCGAGUGCGAGGGAUCAAGUCUGUGUUGAAAGAUCUAAACUUUCAGAGUAAACAGAUGGGGAGGCGUGAAAACAAAACUAUAAACAUGGAGGGACGUGUUCAGUUUGAUCUGCUGCAGGUUCUUCUCAGAGACUAUAAACUUCGCUCAUACACACUAAACGCUGUCAGCUUCCACUUUUUACAAGAACAAAAAGAGGAUGUCCAGCAUUCUAUCAUCACUGACCUACAGAACGGUAAUGAGCAGACCCGUCGCCGUUUAGCUGUGUACUGUCUGAAAGACGCCUACCUGCCACUGCGACUGCUGCAGAAGCUGAUGUGCGUGAUCAACUAUAUGGAGAUGGCGAGGGUGACCGGGGUGCCAUUGACCUACCUGCUCUCCAGAGGGCAGCAGAUCAAAGUUGUGUCUCAGCUACUGCGACAGGCGAUGAAACAGGACCUGGUCAUGCCUGUGGUGAGAACUGAGGGAGGCGAAGAUUAUACAGGAGCCACUGUUAUUGAGCCAGAAAAAGGAUAUUACAGCAUUCCCAUUGCUACUCUGGAUUUUUCCUCUCUGUAUCCGUCUAUCAUGAUGGCUCACAACCUAUGCUACACCACACUGCUGCAAAGAGGAGCUGUGGAGAAACUGGGGCUUUCAUCUGAUGAGUUUAUCAAGACUCCCACAGGGGACAUGUUUGUGAAGAGCUCUGUGAGGAAAGGUCUACUUCCUGAAAUUUUGGAGAACCUGCUGUCUGCCAGAAAAAGAGCAAAGGCCGAACUCAAGAAGGAAACUGACCCAUUCAAGAAACAAGUGCUGGACGGUCGACAGCUCGCUCUCAAAAUCAGUGCCAACUCUGUGUACGGAUUCACCGGGGCUCAAGUCGGCAAGCUCCCAUGUCUUGAAAUCUCCCAGAGUGUGACUGGAUUUGGAAGACAGAUGAUUGAGCAGACGAAACAGCUUGUCGAGUCCAAGUACACCAUCGCCAACGGGUAUGAAGCUGAUGCCAAGGUCAUUUAUGGAGAUACAGAUUCUGUUAUGGUUAAGCUCGGUGUUGCCACGGUGAGAGAAGCCAUGGAUAUCGGGAAGGAGGCGGCCGAGUGGGUUUCAUCUCAUUUCACACAGCCAAUCAAACUGGAAUUUGAAAAGGUGUACUUUCCAUAUCUGCUGAUCAACAAGAAGCGAUACGCAGGGCUGUACUUCUCCUCCAGUGCUGACACUCACGACAAGAUGGACUGUAAAGGAAUUGAGACCGUGCGGAGAGACAACUGCCCUCUAGUGGCUAAUCUCAUCAACACAUGUCUCCAGAAAAUUUUGAUAGACAGAGACCCGCAGGGAGCCGUAGACCACGCCAAAGAAGUCAUCUCAGAUCUGUUGUGCAACCGCAUAGACAUCAGCCAGCUGGUGAUCACCAAAGAGCUGACGCGCACAGCCCAGGAGUACGCUGGCAAACAGGCCCACGUGGAGCUUGCUGAGAGAAUGAGAAAAAGAGACGCAGGUAGUGCCCCUAAUUUGGGAGACCGAGUUCCCUAUGUCAUCAUUAAAGCGGCGAAAGGAGCAGCUGCGUAUAUGAAAUCAGAGGAUCCUAUCUACGUGCUGGAGAACAACAUUCCCAUCGACACUCAGUACUACCUGGACCAGCAGCUGGCCAAGCCCCUCUUGAGAAUAUUUGAGCCUAUUUUAGGGGAAACCAAAGCAGAAAGCGUCCUGCUUAAGGGCGACCAUACCCGCUGUAAAACCGUGCUGACCUCAAAGGUGGGAGGCCUCAUGGCGUUUGCCCAGAAGAGGAGCACCUGCAUCGGCUGCAAAGCUGUGCUCAAAACAGAUGCGGCUGUGUGUGAUUUCUGUAAGAAGAAGGAAUCUGAACUUUACCAGAAGGAGAUUUUCCACCUAAAUGCCUUGGAGGAACGGUUUUCCCGUCUGUGGACCCAGUGCCAGAGAUGUCAAGGGUCUCUUCACGAGGAUGUGUUGUGUACGAGUCGGGACUGUCCGAUUUUCUACAUGCGUAAAAAGGUUCAGUUUGACCUGGACGAUCAGAGCAAACUGGUGUCACGUUUUGGCUGGUGAGACUGUGAGCUGUUUGUCCCCAUGUGCCUAUCUUCUUUUUACUGAGUUGUAUGUUUUGUAAUAAUGGUAUCUCAAUUUCAUUAUAUUUGUACUGUUUAACACUAGGGCAAAGUAAAGAUUUUGUAAAAUAAAAUGAAACAAAAUUUU